CAGCCAGAUGGUCAGAUGCCCAGUGACAAAACCAUAGGAGGUGGAGAUGAUUCCUUUAACACAUUUUUUAGUGAAACCGGUGCUGGCAAGCAUGUACCUAGAGCUGUUUUUGUGGACCUUGAGCCAACUGUUGUUGAUGAGGUGCGUACAGGUACUUACAGACAGUUAUUUCAUCCUGAGCAACUCAUUACUGGAAAAGAAGAUGCUGCUAACAAUUAUGCUAGAGGCCAUUAUACCAUAGGAAAAGAGAUUGUAGAUCUAGUGCUGGAUCGCAUUCGAAAAUUGGCUGAUCUGUGUACUGGUCUACAGGGUUUCCUUAUUUUCCAUAGUUUUGGUGGAGGUACUGGCUCUGGAUUUGCAUCUUUGCUAAUGGAAAGACUCUCAGUUGACUAUGGGAAAAAAUCCAAACUGGAAUUUGCAAUAUAUCCAGCUCCACAAGUAUCCACUGCUGUGGUGGAGCCUUACAAUUCUAUCCUUACCACACAUACCACAUUGGAACAUUCUGACUGUGCAUUCAUGGUGGAUAAUGAAGCUAUUUAUGAUAUAUGUCGACGCAAUCUUGACAUUGAACGUCCUACUUACACCAACCUCAAUCGUCUCAUUGGUCAAAUUGUAUCUUCUAUCACAGCUUCACUACGUUUUGAUGGUGCUCUGAAUGUAGAUUUGACAGAAUUUCAAACAAAUCUUGUUCCUUACCCACGAAUCCAUUUCCCCUUGGCAACAUAUGCUCCUGUCAUUUCAGCUGAAAAGGCAUACCAUGAGCAGUUGUCAGUGGCUGAAAUUACUAAUGCUUGUUUUGAGCCAGCUAAUCAGAUGGUAAAAUGUGAUCCUCGGCAUGGUAAAUAUAUGGCAUGUUGCAUGCUAUACAGAGGUGAUGUAGUGCCAAAAGAUGUCAAUGCAGCUAUUGCAACAAUCAAGACAAAACGCACUAUUCAGUUUGUGGAUUGGUGUCCAACUGGAUUCAAGGUAGGCAUCAAUUAUCAGCCACCCACUGUGGUACCAGGAGGAGAUUUGGCCAAGGUGCAACGUGCUGUAUGUAUGCUGAGUAACACUACUGCAAUUGCAGAAGCUUGGGCUCGCCUUGAUCAUAAAUUUGAUUUAAUGUAUGCCAAGAGAGCCUUUGUGCAUUGGUAUGUAGGGGAAGGAAUGGAAGAAGGAGAAUUUUCUGAAGCCCGAGAGGAUCUCGCUGCACUUGAAAAAGAUUAUGAAGAAGUUGGUGUUGAUUCUGUGGAAGCAGAAGCUGAAGAAGGAGAAGAAUAUUAAGCUAUGAUAUAUAUUUCAAUAUUUUGUACUUUCAGGUUCACUUGUUCAGUUCCAAAUAAACAUUUAAGUGUUCUAAGAAGUUUAAUAGCUAUUAUUUAAAAUAGCUUUAAAAUCAUCCCUUGAAACAGUUUCUAUAAACUUUGAGCAAAGCAUAAAAUAAAAGUUUUCUGUAAAACUGUCUCGGAAACAUUUAUCCAUUCCUUAUUUCUCCCUUUCAUUCUUAUAGGAUCUUUUAAAAACUUAUAAAGUAAGUAUUCUGAAAUAGUCAUUAAAGUGUUAUUGCAUCUUAGAAUGUAUGUACAUAAUAAAAAUGAUACUGGGGAUAUCAUUAUGUAUAGGGAAUUUUAUGUUAAUUAAAGUAAUGUGAAU